AUGACGACAGACACGUUGUUCCCAGGCUUCACGCCCUUUGACAUAACAACAGAUGCCACGAACAACAUCUCCAUCCACGGAAUUAAGGGCGGCGAAGGCCCGCCUCUGCUCCUAAUCCACGGCUUCCCCCAAACGCACGCCAUCUGGCACGCGGUUGCGCCGCAGCUGACGUCUUCGUACACGGUCGUUGCCAUCGACAUCCGCGGCUAUGGGGCGUCAUCGAAGCCACCGCCAACGGCCGACCACGCGCCCUAUAGCAAGACGCACAUGGCGCACGACUGCAUCGCCGUCAUGCAGCACUUUGGCUUCUCGAACUUCUUCGUCUGCGCCCACGACCGCGGCGCACGCGUCGCACACAAGCUCGCCGUGAACCACCCCGACGCCGUCAGGAAGAUGAUUUUGCUCGACAUCUGCCCCACGCUGGCCAUGUACGAGCAGACGGAAGCCGGCUUCGCGACGGCGUAUUGGCACUGGUUCUUCCUCAUCCAGCCCCACCCGGCGCCUGAGACGUUCAUGAGCGCGUCGAGGGCCCGCGAGUGGCUGGCCAUGUUCACUAUGGGCGCGAAGAAUCCUGAGGGCAAGGGCAUGGCAUUUUUCAAGCCCGAGGCUUUCGAGGAGUACGUGCAAGCAGCCCAGAAAGAGGGGAGCGUGGCGGCGUAUUGCGAAGAUUACCGUGCUGCGGCGACAGUGGAUUGCGAGGAACAGAGGAAGGAUAGGGAGGCUGGGAAGAAGAUUAAGUGUGAUUUGAGAGUGCUGUGGGGAAAGAAGGGUGUUAUUGAGAGGUUCUUUAAGGCGCUGGAUGAGUGGAAGAAGGUGAGCGAGGGAGAGGUGAGCGGUGGGCCGGUGGAGAGCGGGCAUUAUAUCCCGGAGGAGGCACCGGAGGACGUGCUGAAGAACAUCAAGGAGUUUCUGGUCUGA